AUGGUAGCCAAACCGCCAGCACGAUCACAGGCAUCAGGUAGUCGCGCUUCCACACCUCAACUAUCCCCAUCGUCCACUGAGGUAAUAGACAAGCCGUAUCGUCCCGAAUUGAAGUUUACCAGCUUCGCUGCUCAGCCAUCUGUCGUUACAAAGUACGUAACGUCAAAAUUCUUGAGACACGAUACAUCUUACUUUCAGCGAGUACAAGGAAAGUCGAUCGGAGGAAAAGACAGCGAAGACACAAAGGAGAGUGAGGACGACGGAGGUGAAAUCACAGAGUCGGACGUACUGCCAAGGUCUGAGGGCGAGGACAAUGAGCCUGAAGUAGAAGGCUCCAAAACAUUGGUUAUACAUCCGGGAUCAAAAAAUCUAAAGAUCGGUCGCGCUUCCGAUGCCAUUCCCUACGCCGUCGUGCCACAUGUUAUCGCGAGAAAAAUGAGAAACGUUAAAGUGACUGACGGGUCCAGCGAGUCAGAAAAGUCCAGCAACGAAAUAGGUGGAGAUCAGAAUGCUGACAAUGCGCACAGAAAUAGAGACGAAACGAAUACGAGAGGAGAGGAGCAUAAAGCACAUCGUGAUGAUGAUGAGCGCAAGUCGUCCCCUGAUGGUGGUCGAUCUGAUUCUUCUCGCGAGUCGGACGUUACGGAAGAUGCCAUGGAUGAAGAAGAGGAGCAAUCUGAACAAAUAGUGGAAGAACUAAAGAAAGAAUUAAAAGAGAGGAUGAAGGCUGCCAAGCGUCGUCCGGUGGCUAAUGCAACGUCACAAGUGACUUCAUUUAAUAGGAGUAUACAAUCAGAGAUUAUCCUUGAUCAUAACGAUCCAUACAAAGUAGAGUGGACGGCCGUUGACGAAGACGUUGACUUUUAUAUUGGUGAGAAGGCAUUAAGGUUACCGACUACUGCUACUUCUUAUAAAGUGCGAUAUCCUAUUCAAUACGGAGAAUUUAACACCAGAGACUAUGAUUCCAUCAAGUCGGUUGUUGGUGAUCUGGAAACAAUAUGGACGGAAGUGAUUCAGCAGAAUCUUCACAUCGCUAGAAAAGAAUUUCGAAAUUACUCUGUGAUAUUGGUCAUUCCAGAUAUAUACAACCGCGUGGUGGUAACGGAAAUGAUGAACAUGCUAUUACGAUAUAUGGGUUUUCGACGUGCUUUUGUCCAACAAGAGUCUGUCUGUGUUACCUUUGGAGCAGGGAUGUCCCUAGCAUGUGUGGUUGACAUUGGAGCACAGAGAACUAGUGUCUCGUGCGUUGAAGACGGCAUGAUUAUACCGGAUUCACGGAUUGCUCUAAAUUAUGCGGGCGAUGACAUUACAAGAUUUUUUGUGCAAUUGUUGAAAAAAAGCAAGUUUCCGUAUAGAGAUAUAGAUUUAAACAGAUCGUUCGACUGGCUACUGGCAGAGGACAUGAAACAGAAAUUUUGUUCAUUAAACGAGGCAUCACCAAACGAGCCAACCAGGAAAUAUCAGCUCAAGACGUACGACGAAAUUAUAGUAGCUCCAAUGAUCUUAUUUUAUCCGUCCGUGAUCAACUUUAAACAAAAGAUGUCCGAAUUCACCCCGAAAUUCGCCAACAAUAUCUUUGAUGACAUUACAGACGGGUCUGGGACAAAUUCAUUGGUGAUACCAGCACAUCUCUUCACCAAGCAAAAACCGUCCCCGAUACAGAAUUCAUCUCAACUCAAGUCGGCUCAUCAUUCUCCUUCACCUCAAACUCGUGACAGCCCAUUACCUUCAACUCCGGUCCGAAUUGAACCCGCAUCAACUGACCCUGCAUCUCCUUCAGUAUCUUCUGCUGCUAAAACAAAUAAUAAUAAUGCAGUUACGGUGGACCCGACAACUGUACUGCCUUUAGACGACGCCAUAGCUCAAAGCAUUCAGGCGACCAUGACGGAUGAUAGAAUGAAGAGGUUCUAUACUAGCAUUAUUAUCGUUGGUGGUGGGGCACUAUUACCGGGGAUUAAUCAGAUGUUGGAGGAAAGAUUGGUGCCGCGAGCAGCUUCAAUCACAGAAAAGUUGGAAAUCCUUUCCCCACCGCGCGAGCUGAAUCCAAGUCUAAUGGCAUGGAAGGGUGCAUCCGUCACUGCUAAGUUGGACCUUACAAAAGAGUUGUGGAUAUAUCAAAAAGAAUGGGCAGAACUGGGAGUGAGAUGUUUAAGAGAAAAGGCUCUUUUCGUAUGGUAA